UUGCACAAUAAAAGGCAAGUGGAAAUGCGUCACGCGCCUCGGUCAAACCUCAAACGACACUAUAUUAGUAUGUUACUAUAAUUGCUGUUGAGAAGACUGAAGUUUCAAGUUCACAACAUUAUGACCUAGUACAACUAGUACAAGUGAAGAUAUAAUUUCCUAGUUUAACGUUACCAGAACCACUAUUUGUUUAUUUUCAGAGAACGGAUACUUGUAAAUUUUAAGUUUGAAUAUUCAAAAUUAUGGAGGAAGAUAAUUCUUUUUCUAGCAGAUUCACCAAAAAGUCUCAACAGAUGCCCUUGUAUCCUGUUGGAAUAUUGGGAUUUGGAUUAGUAGCAGCUUAUGGACUAUACAAAUUUAAAUCUCGCCAGGGACGUACAUCCUUGUACCUUAUUCAAUUACGAUUAGCAGCUCAAGGAACAGCUGUAGGAAUCAUUGGAAUAGGUGUUCUAUAUAAUAUUUAUACUGAUAUAACUUCAAAAAAAUCUAAAAGCUGAAAUAACACGUUUGAUUUGUUAGUAAAAUGUUUUACCUAUUAAAUAGUAUCACUAUUAAUAAUAAUUUAAUUUGUUUUUGUGUAAAUUAUCGUUAUGUAAGUAUAUAACUAUAAUAUAGUGUACACUCAUUUUAUGUUUUUUUGUUUACUGAUCAAAAAUAGUAUUGUCUGUAUCUUAAUAAUUAUAAAACUUAAGUACUAUGAUAUUUUAUAAUUUAUAUGUAAACCUAUAGGUGUUAAUAUACUAUUAGAAAUAUUGUUGGCCAAUAUUGUAAAUUUGAAUCAAUUUAGGAAUGUACACAUAUGCGUAUAAAUUCUUAGAAAUUGUGACUUGUGAGUAUUGGAUAACUUAAGAUUGUUUAUAUUUUAUUUAUUUAAUUACAAUUAUUUCCAAUUUAAACAAGAAGAUGACUGCAAUUUUAAAUGGUUUGGAUAAAUUGUUAUUCUUGGCUAGUUUUUUGCAUUCUAUAGUUGUGUCAACAUUGGUAUAUCCAUUGAGUAGGUACCAUUACAAAUUACACUAUCCGAAA